GGUGAUGACCACCACCACAAGCGCAAGCCGGCCACAUUCCCCCUCUGGUUUGCUUGUUCGCUCGAGCCCCAAAGGCCCCAGCGCCCCUGACACCGGCCUCUCCUCCACUAGCCUUGCUUCCAGAAUCAUCCAUGGCAGCCAGGACCACAGCCCCCAAGUAGCGCCAGACCCACUUCUCGGCUAUCACAUCAGAUUUCAGGCACAGUCGACAACCAUGGCGUCCUAGAGGAGUCAAACCAGUAAUCCAAGAACCAUGGAGCCGUAAGAGGGCGAGGGCCAAGAAAUGGCGAGAACCAUGGCCGGCGACGGGAUGCGGCGGGGGCCUAGAGGCGGCUGGCGGCGGCGUUGACCGCAUGGAGGAGGACGAGGCGGGGGCAUCGUCGUCGUCGCCGCCGCCGCCCAUCGCGCAGCUGGGCUACGACCAGCUGCUGUCCGUCCUCCGCCUGCUCCCGCCGGAGGCCGUGCUCUCCUUCGCCGCUACCUGCCGCGCGUUCCGGGCCUGGGCCUCCUCCGACGCGCUCUGGGAGGCGCUGUGCCGCCGCGACUGGGGCGCCCGCGCCGCCGCCGCGCUAGCCGAGCGCCGGCGCGACCGCGAGCGUGCCGGCGGCGGCGCGCCGGCGCCGUGGAGGAGGGUCUACGCCGAGGUCGCUAGGCUUGGCGCCCUGUCCGCGCGCCGCGUCCCCGUGAGGGGCGCCUCGCCGCGGCCCCGCGCGUCGCACUCGCUCAACCUCGUCGCCGGAUGGCUCGUGCUCUUCGGCGGCGGCUGCGAGGGAGGUCACCAUCUUGAUGACACUUGGGUGGCUUAUGCUGGAAUUGGAGCUGGAAAUAGACCGCCUACUGUACUUAGCUGGCAGCAGUUAGCCUCUGGCACCCCAAGUGGGCGUUUUAGUCAUUCAUGCACUCUAGUUGGUGACGCAUUAGUCUUGUUUGGUGGAAUCACUGACCAGGGGCAGCGUUUGAAUGAUACAUGGAUAGGCCAAGUUAUUUGUGAAGAACCUCGAAGGAUGCGGAUCUCAUGGAGACUGCUGGAGGUAGGUCCACUUGCACCACCUCCUCGUGGAGCCCAUGCAGCCUGCUGCGUUGAUGAUAAGUUCAUUGUAAUUCAUGGUGGGAUAGGGCUCUAUGGAAGCCGGCUUGGUGAUACAUGGCUUCUUGAUCUCUCAAAUGGCCUCCGAUCUGGCAGUUGGCAUCAAAUAGGGAAAACAUGGCCUUUGCCUCCACCUCGUUCUGGUCAUUCUUUAACUUGGAUUGGUGGGACUCGCAUGGUUCUAUUUGGUGGUAGAGGAUCAGAAUUUGAGGUUCUUAAUGAUGUCUGGUUGUUUGAUAUUAGUGAUCAGUACCCAAAAUGGAAGGAACUAAAGUAUGACUUGUCUACUGCUCUUGGUGAAAUGCCUUUUCCACGGGUUGGGCAUUCAGCAAUACUUGCGUUGGGAGGCAAGGUCCUUGUGUAUGGUGGAGAGGACUCACAAAGGCGGCGGAAGGAUGACUUUUGGAUCUUAGAUACACCAGCUCUACUUCAAUACGAGUCAGGUUCCAAGAAAAUGACCAAAAGGAUGUGGAAAAAGCUAAGAAUUGAUGGUCAGUGCCCAAGCUACCGAUCCUUCCAUGGGGCAUGUGUAGAUACUUCUGGUUGUUGUGUGUAUAUUUUUGGUGGAAUGGUUGAUGGCCUUGUUCACCCUGCAGAAGCCUUGGGUCUGAGAUUUGAUGGGCAGCUGUAUCAAGUGGAGCUAGUGCUGCAUCUUUAGAAAGUGUAUGUUGUUGCAUUGUAAAUCUGAGAAAUUUCCUAGGUUUGGUCUUUAGCAUCUGGUGUAGUUUGUAAAAACUUCAUGAUAAAUCUGGAGCUCUCCCAGAAAAUAUUGAAAUGACCAGUAUCACUACCAUGUCACCCAGGUUUUCAACACUAUAAGGACGCUCCAAAUGGUUUCUGCCUGUCAAUUGUGCAUGGGCGCAUGCCCAUACCUGUCGCUGAUCUGUGAAAGGAACGGUGAUCCAUUGUAAUUUUUUGCCAUCAAGGACCGAUCUGUCUGUAUAUGGGUUUGAAUCUCCAUUCCUUUGUCAGAUUCAUAUGUUCCAAAGAAUGUCUGUCAAUACCAUCUGGAACAGAUGGUUGUUUCGGUACCUGAUGGGCUCUCAUAUGGUUAUGGGAAGAGGGAUAAAUGUUGUUGCCCAUAAUAAUCCAAUGUGCCAGGAUUGCUUGGGACCAUCUGGAGCUGCUCUUGAUCUUUGCAUCCCAGUCACCAAUUGGCUCACUGCAGGAGGACCAUGUCUCAUUCAGCCCUUGGUUCAUCACAUGCAUAGAACCUGAUAUUUGUAAUGAUCUAAUGAUGGUGUAUGGGUCACACUGGCAACAUUACACAGCACAAUUUUUUGGAAGACAAGGAUGGUUUGAUCUUGGGUCCACUGGUACAAGAUGUUUUCAAGUCUUGUAAGUUGUAACGGUGUAUCAGUAUGCAGGUUAUGUCAUGUGCGCAUUAAUUCUGCGAUAAUGGGACCGAAACUUGUUUGGAUUAUUUCAGAUUUGGGACCAUUUGCAGUAUGAUUGUUUGAUGAUGCAUACAUCACGGAGAAAAAUAUGUAGUUCCUGUUCAGAUCCACUUUGUGACAGCAAGGCAAAGCUUCUGCACCAGGAAUCCAGGACCCAUGUAUGCUAUCGCAGAAAGGUUUUCCUUAGGUUGGCCAAUCCGAGACCGAGACAGAAAACCCUUACCAUGCUUUCUACUGCUGCUGCAUUCACAUCUACCCUUUGGUUAUUUGUAAUUUCAAGUGAUAAGAUCCAUCACCAAGACAUUAUCAAUGCUGGAGAUUUCCAGCUAUGCAGCUGCAGCUCCGGUUGCUAUAUUUAGUUCUUAUUCAGCAUUAUUUUCUUAGGAAACCCUUAUUCAGCAUUAUUACACCAUUCUGAAGUACACCUCCGGUAGCACAACAAAACAUAAUUGAUGUAAUUGUGGCAAAA